UCUCUAAAGCAAAACCAAAUCUCCCUCCUUCCUACUUUCUUUCUCCACAAGACAAAAAAUCUCUAUAUAUUUACUCGAAAAUAAAACAAGUUCAUAUAUCUAUCAAAAUAUCUCGUUUAUUUAUUGGACGAUAUGAAUGUUAAGGGUGAGGAAGAUCACGAAGAGAUGAUGAAGAUGGAAGAGCUGCGACGAGGUCCGUGGACAGUGGAAGAGGACUUCUCCCUCAUCAAUUACAUCUCCUUGCACGGCGAAGGUCGUUGGAAUUCUCUCGCUCGGGCUGCUGGUUUAAAAAGAACCGGAAAGAGCUGCAGAUUGAGAUGGCUGAAUUAUUUACGUCCAGACGUUCGACGUGGAAACAUAACUCUCGAAGAACAGCUCUUGAUUCUUGAACUUCACUCUCGCUGGGGCAAUAGUUGGUCGAAGAUAGCACAACAUUUGCCCGGAAGAACAGACAACGAGAUCAAGAAUUACUGGCGAACACGAGUCCAGAAGCACGCAAAACAGCUCAAAUGCGACGUUAAUAGCAAGAAAUUCAAGGAUACGAUGCGUUAUCUAUGGAUGCCUAGAUUAGCCGAAAGAAUUCAAGCUCAUUCCUCUGCCACGAUCGUCUCAAAUAUAGCCAACAUCACGGAGUCGGCUUCCACGGCCUUAAAUUACAAUACCAACACCACACAUAACAUUACUGAAUCACCUCAAGUGACCAUACCACAAGCACAAGCUACUAGCAAUACCAUAUGCAGCUCUUCGAAUGCAACAAGCUUUUCCUCCGAUUCUCCGAUCUCUGAUUUCGCUCACGAUUAUCCAAAUCAUGGUACAGAUGAUUUCCAGGCUCAUAUCGAUACCGAUCACCUCGGAUUCAUCGAAUCCCUGAUUAGUCCCUCCGGCUACUACCACCAGGACCUGAACUUCCAAGCAAUGGAGCAAAACACUGAGUGGAUGAGUGGGGACUUGGCUGACAAUUUGUGGAAUGUUGAGGACAUUUGGUCCCUCCAGCAGCAAUUCAAUUACUAAUUCAUACCAUAAUCAAUAUACAAACAAAUAAAUAAGGGGUACUUAUCCGUUCAUACAAUAAAUCAUAGAAAUUGUGAA